UUGAGGAAUCGAAGCGACAAGUUUUCAACACUGCUUUCGUAUUUUCGAAAACGUGCUUCGACGAAAGGAUUGUUGCCUAAGGGAAUUUCAUUUGAGCAAAUCGACGGUGAAGCUGGCCGCGGAUGGAGUAUGCCAUCGUCUCCUGUGUAUGACUUUGACCAUCGAUUUUUCGAAUUCCGCGAUCGUGGUCGCGAAUAGGUUGCCACACGAACUAACAGGACGGUUCGCUAAUUUUAUAGGUUCGUGUGUAUGCCAUGUCAAUUUAAACUCGGCAUUUGACCGCAUGGUGCAGCACUAGUCCGAGAACAACCAGGUUCGUGAGCGUGAGCAUUCUCAUUACCUCUCUGAUACGACUGUGAUUCGAGGCGAUAGGUUUCAUAACCUAAGUGCAGUGUGAGAAAUAUUUAAGGUUCUUUGUAAUUAGACUCCAACGUAAUUGAAAUAGAUGGCGGACAAUAUUGAAAGUAAAGCUACUGUCGCAUCGGAAGAGAUAGAAGCAGAAGAAUGCCAGGAAGAUGUUCCAGAGGAAGGAAAGAUUAUUCGGAAAGACGAAAAAUCGAGGCUAAAUGUGGAGGUGCUCGAUGACGCGGAAACUGUGACGUUAGAACAACCAGUUUAUCAAAUACGUCCGCAGUUACACGAGAAGUUUAAACCGUUAAACGCUAAAGAAGUUAUACAUAAUGUGCUAUUUGAUCAGCUUUCUGCGAAAACUUACGAUGCUCAGGAAGCAGCUCAGUGGACUAAAGAUAUAGCGGAUUUAAUUAGAGAGAAAGUUAAAGAGUUAAAGUUCAAACGUUACAAAUAUAUUGUAAAUGUCGUUUUGGGCGAGCAGCAUGGUGCUGGGGUGAAAAUGGGUACAAGAUGUAUUUGGGAUGCAGAAGCAGAUACGUACGCGUAUGAUAGUUUCUUGAAUGAUACGAUAUUCUGUGUGGCCACUGUGUACGCGGUGUAUUUUUAUUAGGAAAUGCUUAUACGCAUCUUUAUUAUACGUAUCUUUGAUUACGAUACACCAAGUAUUCGACGUUUACCAAUUACGGUAUCCUACGAUGGAAGGAAACAAAAUCGAAUGAAAGAUGAAGAAGAAUAAAAGAUGAUCUCAUAGGUGGAGUAGUCAUUUUAUUGAAACAGAAGCUACUAUUAACACACACUUUACAUCUAUAUAUCGUCUCAUGGCACAAUUUUUACAUAUUCGUAACAUAUUAAACAUAUCCUGUAACCAUGUAUUCUAAUAAUACACAAACUCAAAAUUUAACGAGAGCGCAUAACAUUUACAUGUCUUUGUUUACUAAAAUUAUUAUAGCACCAUAAUUCACGGUAUUAUUCUAUUACAAGAAUUUUUUAAACACGAUAAAAGAAUGAUAUAGUUAUGACUUUCACUUAUAUUUAUUUACUUUAAGAUUAUAUUAAACUACGAAAAAAAUGUAUCGUCUUAUACGUUAUUUGUCUUGACAACUUUAUCUAAAUUCCUUUUGAAAUUUGUUGCAUUUAAAUUCAUAUUUUCAUCCAUAUUUUCAUCCAUAUUAAAUCCAUAUACAGAUAACAUUCUGUAAGCGCAUAAAUAUGUAACUGUUCAUCGUGAUAGAUAGUAAUAAAAGUGAAAAGACAAUCAUAAAAUAUUGCUUUAAUAAUACAACGAUAUAAAAGGAUAUAUACUAACGAAUAGAGUCUCUCUAUCUGAUUCUAGAUAAUGAAUAUCUUCGAUUCCUGAGAAAAGAAUUAUCGAAAGAAACUAUUUCGAAUUUUACAAAAUUUUAUAAAAUUUUUAAUAAAAGUGCAAAAUACGUAGUUUAUAUAAUGAUAUAUUUUUAUACAUAGAUAUAAUGUACUGCGUACGAUGAAACGUAGAACUUGUAAGGAGUAUAAAAGAGUAUUUUUGUAAUAAGGAACGAGAGAGAGAAA